AUGUAUAAGCCCUCAUUUUCAUACAUUCCACAUUGUAUACGUUUGGUUCGCCACCUCACCAUUAAGAGACACUCAUCCUCGAAAAGAUGGCAGACCCGCCAGCUCAAGGAUCAUUUUACUAAAGAAGCUGUGGUUCAAGGCCUGAAGAGCCGAGCAGCAUUCAAGCUUCUCCAGAUUGAUGAUAAAUACCGCGUGUUUCAGAGCGGACAAACCGUUGUUGACCUUGGAUAUGCUCCUGGCUCUUGGUCCCAGGUAGCAGUGGCUAGAACUGAACCUGGUGGCAGGAUUCUCGGUGUUGACGUCAUUCCAGCUCAGCCUCCCAAGGGAGUCUCUACGAUUCAGGGCAAUUUUCUCAAUCCUGAAGUUCAAGAUUAUGUCCGUAAAUUUGUACGUGACCCUAACAGAGGCAGGCCACGCGUUAUGAGUCCUGGCAGGAAUGGCCAGCCUGAAUGCGAUCAGAGAAUGCCCUUGGAGAUUGCACAGGGAUCCAACGAACUUGGUGCACUGAAUGACAUCAACGAAAGAACAGUUGAUGUGGUCUUAAGCGAUAUGUCUGCUCCCUGGCACCAGACUAUUGGCUUUGGAAAGAGAAGUCUAAGUGAUCCCUAUAACAGGAUGAUGAACACGAGUGGUAUAAGCUCUAAAGAUCACGCCGGCAGUAUGGAUCUAUGCCAUGCAGCCUUACAAUUCGGUCGUGAAGUCCUCCGGACUGGUGGUCACUUCAUCUGCAAAUUCUAUCAAGGCGCAGAAGAGAAAGCAUUCGAAAGAGAGCUUAAAGAUCUUUUCCAGAAAGUCUACAGGCACAAGCCCGAAUCCUCACGUAAUGAGUCAAAAGAGUCUUACUUCAUCGGCCUCAAUCGAAGAUAGGCUGUCGCACCGACGACAGAGACUAGAUUUCCCAUCACGAAGCUUCCUGGUCGAUGUUGUCGGUUUCGCCAUAGUCCGAUUCUUCGUCCCAUUCAAUGUCGGCAAGUGAUGCUUCAGCUGAUGCCUGGACCUGCCAUAAUGUCAGUAUCGUCAAUUGCAUAUCUAUUUUUAAAGUGCCCGAAACGGGCAAUUCCAGCUAGUUUUGUAUUUUACUCUUGAGGUAAAGGCGGAAAUAUAUAGGU